UAUUUGAAGUUGAGACGGGAGAGAAUACCAACAAGCGGGGGUGAUCCCCGUGCGACUUUCUUCCACCUUUCACGCCACUUUAUGCAAUACGUUUCCUAUUUCUGUUCUGGAUAUCACAUCAACGCUUGCGCCUUAAUCAUAGGCUUUUCCACUGUUCUUCGCGGUGCUAUUUAAGCCCACCUCUCUCGCUCUCUCUCUCCGUCCCUCCCCCUCCCUCUCCCUCUCCUCUGGGGGAUGCUUUGGCCGGGAUCUGCUCGGAAAAUCCCACUGGGAGAUUAGUUCAUGCUCAUUUUUCGAACGUGGGUUCUUGUAAAAGCUGAAAAAGAAAGGAGCUUUGCGGUUUAUCUGUUCAUGCGAACGCAUUCUUGCUCUGGAAACUUAUGGUGGGAAAAGAAUUUGUUAGAAGCCAAAAAAGGAUUUUUUUUUCUUUUUUCCUGCAGAGUGUGGGAGUAAGUUGAUUUUAGCUUUUUCCAUGCUUUUUUCUCGCUUCAGUAAUUGUCUUGUGUGGAUCGGCGGUGAUGUAGAGAGGGAGUGACGCUCUUCUUUGGUUUAACUACAAGUUGAUGCUCCUGUCCUUUCUGGGUUUUGGCGAAUUCUGGAGAUUGUAAUGCUGAAGUUGGAAAGAUCACGUCGUAUGUUUGUUUUUUUGUUGGGAGUCUUGAGGUGUGAAUGAGGACAUGGAAAUGUGCAUUGGGUUUUUUUGUAGGCUGUAACUGCUAAAUAAGUUUAUGUACAUCGAGGAGGUUUGAGAGUUUCAAGAUGUCUUUACUCUGUGUGUUGAGUUAUUAACUAUGAGAUCGCCUCGUGGUGAUAAAUGGUGGCUCUUAGAAUACUACGAAAGCUCAGAUUAGGUUUAGAUUCCAGAAUUUUUCGUGUUACCAUUUCGAUACACUCUUGACUAUUCAAUCAAGUGGCACUGAUUGGGUCAUGGUCAUGAUGAAGAUUUAUGAGGGGUAGGGUCAAUUACGUGAUACUAGUUCUGGGUUUCUAUUGCAAGAGCAACAAGUGAAUUCUGAGGCAUGAGCGAGCGGUGCUGAGAUGUGUAGAUUAGAGAAGCGUGUGGAGGAUUGUCAUCAUAGAGACGAAUGUGAAAUGGGGAUGGGAUUCUUGAAAGAGGGUAAAGUUAAGAAAUUCAAGAACUUGGUGGUUUCGAGAUCUGGAAUGAAGCUCUGGAUUCUGAGAGCGACCACGACGGCAUUGAUUUGGAUUUGCGUCGUUCAGCUGACGGCGAUUGGGGAGACUUGGGGUCCGAGAUUGUUGAAGGACUGGCCUUCUUGUUUUAUUUCUGCAGAUCAUUCUUUGGCAGUUCAAUCAUCUUCUAUACCAGCCAAAGUCCGGCUUCCCCCAAAGAGGGUUUACAGGAACAAUGGUUAUCUUAUGGUUUCAUCCAAUGGAGGGCUCAAUCAAAUGCGAGCUGCUAUAUGCGACAUGGUUGCUAUCGCCAGAUACUUGAAUGUUACUCUAAUUGUUCCAGAACUGGACAAAACCUCCUUCUGGGCUGACCCGAGUGAGUUCCGAGACAUAUUUGACGUUGAUCACUUCAUCUCUUCUUUGAGAGAUGAGGUCCGUAUACUGAAGGACUUACCCCCGAGGCUCAAGAAAAGAGUGGAACUAGGAAUGCUCUACUCAUUGCCGCCCAUCAGUUGGUCUGACCUGUCGUACUACCAUGACCAAAUACUUCCUCUGGUGAGAAGGUACAAAGUUCUACAUUUGAUUCGAACGGACACUCGGCUUGCCAACAAUGGGCUGCCUCUGGAAAUUCAGAAGCUGCGGUGUCGUGUAAACUUUAAUUCUCUGAGAUUUACUCCCCAUAUAGAGGAAUUAGGUAGAAAAGCCGUCCGUAUUCUGAGGGAAAAAGGCCCCUUCUUGGUCCUGCAUCUAAGAUACGAAAUGGACAUGCUCGCUUUCUCCGGCUGCUCUCAUGGUUGCAACAGUGAGGAGGUCGAGGAGUUGACACAACUCAGAUAUAUGUACCCCUGGUGGAAGGAGAAAGUGAUAGACUCAGAGAUGAAAAGAAGAGAAGGCUUGUGCCCUUUAACACCAGAAGAAACUGCUCUUGUUCUAAAUGCAUUGGGUAUUGAUCGGAACGCACAAAUAUAUAUUGCUGCUGGAGAGAUAUACGGCGGAGAGAGAAGGAUGGCAACUCUGACGUCAUCUUUUCGUAACUUGGUGAGGAAAGAGACUUUGCUGAAACCAGCAGAUUUGAAGUUUUUCCAGAAUCACUCAUCGCAAAUGGCAGCACUAGAUUAUUUAGUUUCAUUGGAAAGUGAUAUAUUUAUUCCAACCUACGAUGGGAAUAUGGCGAAAGUUGUUGAAGGCCAUCGGAGAUUCUUGGGCUUCAAAAAGACUAUUUCGCUAGACAGAAAGCUUCUGGUCGGUUUGGUCGAUCGGUACAUGAAUAGAUCGUUGGGUUGGGACGAGUUCUCUUCUCUCGUUAAGGAAGCUCACUCACUUCGGAUGGGCCGCCCAAAGCCACGAGUCGUGAUUCCAGAUAGACCGAAGGAAGAAGAUUACUUUUAUGCCAAUCCUCAAGAGUGCUUGCAACUGUUAGAUGAGCCAUUGAUAAGUACAUGAUCUGAUCACAAUCAUUGAACAUCGGAAGUGGUGAUACAAAUGCAGUGGGACGCGCCCUUCACAAUAAUAGCAUUGAUGUGCACGUCAUAGUCGGAACCCAGAAACAGAUUGGCGUCAUGAUUUUCAGAGUUCUGGUCACCAGCGGUUACUGUAAAUGAACGACACGAGUUGGCCCACGUAUAUUCCUUAUUUUUCCAAAUAAUCAGAUUCAUGUAUCAUUCAAAACUUGCCAUAGAUUGGUUAUUACAUGAGCUGCAAAAAUAGUUAAAAGAGGGUGUGGAGAUGUUAACAGUUGUAAUACUCCCCCUCCAUGGAUGUAAUGUCAGUUAUACCUGUUGCAAAGAGUUGCCUUCUUAGAAA